CUGAUUCUGCUGCUGCAGUGGCAGCUGGAGUGUUCCGCGCUGAGGCUUGCAGGGCAGGGGAUGGUGUGAGCGUUUUAGGACGAACACGCAGGGGUUCAGUCGCCUCACUGCUCGAGUUUGUAGUGCUUUGAAAGACGCUGGGAAUUUAGCCUGCUAGAAUGCCGCAGAGGAUAUUUGCUUUGCCGAGGCAGGAAUCCCUGUUCCUCCCGGCGGUGAUUAAUCCCUUCGUGCAAGAAGAAGUCCAGUUGACAACGGCGGACAAAAUCAGACUGGCCUUGGUUGGUUCAAUACUGGUUCCCAUGCGAGUGCUGUGCCUUACUGUUCUCCUUGUGCUGUCCUGGCCCUUGGCAGCCAUUGCCACUCUGUGCAGUCCCACCAAAGGAACCAGCCAGCCCAUUAAAGGAUGGAGAAGGUAUCUGGGGCACGCUGUGGUGAGCUGUGUCGGUCGUGCCUUCUUCUUCUUCAUGGGCUUCAGAGUGACAGUGAAGGGGAAGAGGGUGAGCAGUAAAGAGGCCCCCAUUCUCGCUGUGGCCCCUCAUUCCAGCUUCUUCGAUGGGAUCGUCUGUGUUGUUGCUGGGCUUCCCUCAACCGUGUCUCGUUCAGAAAAUUUAGCCACUCCCGUUUUUGGCAGGUUCCUGCGCUGUCUUCAGCCUGUGUUGGUGUCUCGUCUCGAUCCUGAUUCUCGAAAGAAUACGAUUCUAGAGAUCAAUAGACGAGCCAAGUCAUGUGGAGAAUGGCCUCAGGUGUUGAUUUUUCCUGAAGGGACCUGCACAAAUCGUUCUUGUCUCAUCACUUUUAAGCAAGGUGCCUUUAUACCUGGAGUACCAGUGCAGCCAGUGUUGCUCAGAUAUCCAAACAGCCGCGACACAGUGACCUGGACCUGGCAAGGAUACAAAGCGAGAGAAGUCUUGUUACUGACGCUGAGCCAGUUGUAUACAAACGUGGAGGUCGAGUUUCUACCUCCGCACGUUCCCACUGAACAAGAGAAGCAGGACCCUCCCCUGUUUGCACACAGAGUCAGGGACACAAUGGCCAUGGCCCUGGGAGUGCCUGUUACAGACCACACUUACGAAGACUGCCGGCUCAUGAUUUCUGCAGGAGAGUUGACCCUGCCGAUGGAAGCAGGAUUAGUGGAAUUCACCAAGAUCAGCAGGAAGCUGAACUUGAAAUUGGAUAACAUCAAGAAAGAGCUGGAGGGCUUUGCAGCAAUCGCAAAUGAAUCUAAAGGUGGACGAAUCGGGAUUGAAGAAUUUGCCAAGUUCCUUAAGCUGCCCAUUAGUCCAGCUCUGAAUGAGCUUUUCACACUGUUCGACAGGAAUGGAGAUGGCACAAUAGACUUCAGGGAAUAUGUGAUUGGUCUAACCGUCCUGUGUAGACCUGCCAACACAGUGAGCACGAUCCAGAUGUUAUUUAAGCUCUUUGACGUGGACGACGACGGGAGAAUAUCACAGGAGGAGUUCACCUCCCUGCUACGCUCCUCGCUGGGGGUGCCUGACCUGGACGUCACAAAGCUCUUCCAAGACAUAGACGCAGACGGCUCGGGAAAGAUUACGUACACUGAGUUUGAAGACUUUGCUCUGAAGCACCCGGAGUACGGCAAGUUAUUUACGACUUACCUCGAGCUGCAGAGGCACCACGCACUGCGCUCUGGGGACAUGGACCCAGCGGCAGCACCUCCCACUAAUACAGUCAGCCCUGAAGCGGAGGACAGUGCCUCGGACAAGAAGGAAGACUGACUGUGAAGUCACUGGAUCACACUGCAGGCCAUUUCCAACCCUAACAAAUACAACACGAGACUUGGAUACAGUGGCUCAUUAAAGACAGUGGAGGAUAAAUCAAUAGAAAUGUGUUCUGUCGAGAUCAGGUGAUAAAUGAUUGCAGGAUCUUGACAUUUCAGACUGUUCUGUCCCGAUCACAAGAUAAGUUAUCUCAGGGUCUACACAUAACCUAGCUGCAGUAUAUUUGAUAGUAUCCACUGCAGGCUUAUGGCAUUUACUCUAUAUAUCUAGCUUUAAUACCAGUUAACAACUUGCAUUCAUCACACGUCAAACAUUGGAGGUACAGCAGUUGUGCAAUGUAUUGUUUUUGUUUUUUAUAUUCAGUAUUUCACUUUCUUAAAGUAUAUGUGGUGUCUCUCCAGAAUAUUCAAGACAGGUAAGAAAUAAUCUUGCCACAAUAAAUCAUUGACAUGCAUCACUCAAUUAAUCAGUCAGUCAAUCAACCAAUCAAAACCUUUAUUUAUCUAGAUGAGUCAAUUGAGAACAGUGACAACCUGGUAGAUUAACUGCUGUUUUGAAGUCUUGAUUCUAAAAACAAACAACACAUGCACCUUUUGUGUACUGCAGAUGAGUUUGAAACUAUGAUCCCAGUGGCUGUUGAUGUUAAUAAUUAUAACUUAAUAAUCAUUUAAGUUGUUCUAAUGCAAGCUAACCAACAGGGGGGCUUUUCAGUUCUGUUUUACAGCAGGGCUGGAAAACAAGCCCCCCAAUUGCACAGCAUUCGCUUCCACUCCAGGUUUUACUGUGAUCUUACGUAGGCCCACUUGAGCGAAACUCUGCAAGCGCAACUGUACUUUUGUGAAAACUUGAAAUAUUACGUUAUUGUUCAUUAUGAUAUGAAAUACUGCAGUGGUGUUUUAUGUAUUAUUAAAUCAUAUUGUAAACCCUG